AUGGAAUACAUAGAAGCUAGAAAAAGGAAAUCGUUGGAGUUUGUGCAACCUGAGUUCCCGACAUUCUUCCGCAAAAACGGCGGAAUACUACUAACUUGUAACACAGAAGUGACUGUUAAGUGGAUCAAAGUAGCUAUCAAAUUCAUAAAAUUAAAAAGCGGCUGCGAACUAACGAUCGAAGACAAGACAGCACUGGACAACAGAUUUUCAGUAGAAGGAAGGGGCACGCACUCCCGUUUUACGGGAGCAAACAUACUAAAUGAGAUACAAAAAUUCAACAACGACAUAGACAUAUCCAGAUGGAAGAUAACACGAGAGAAACCAACCAGAUCCGGCCUAAUAAUAACAAUAGAAAUGGAGGGAAGAUCCGUCGGAAUUUUAAAAAGAAGGAGGAACAGGCUGGCACUCGACCAAAACGGAAUACAUAAUUUCACAAUUCUUACGGUGACUCCGGCGAAGAAUACCAGACAAACAAGACCACCGACAGUAGUAGAGAUAACGGAAGAUGACUUCGUAAACGUGCCAAAAGAAGGAGCUGAACAAGUAAAGACAACAGUCAAUUCAAACGCUUCACUGUUUAUAAAAGAAACGAUACCACAAAGAGAAGAGAUCAACCCCUUUGACAUCGCUGGAGACGAAUACAUUUUGUCGACGAACGUUAACUAUUAUCAAGAAAUGGAAAUCUCCAUGAACAACGAUCCAACGAUAAAUAAGGGCGCCCCGACGGCGUCAAAGCCGAACGUGACACUAACAAACAGCCCGGCUCAAGAGAAAGAAGAGAUAACGAGCAAACAAAACGUAAAAGAAAACAACACAACGAAUAAAGACAACGAAACAGACUUCGAGGAAGACCUAUUAAGGAUCUCACUCCCAAUAGAAGAGCCGACGGAGAACACAUCCGCCACGUUAAAACUGUACAAUAGAAAGGAGGGAAACAAAAUAGGAAAUAACGGAGCGCAGGGAAAAAUAAAACAUGACAGGAAUCAUAGGAAACACAACCAUCGUAACGGAAGUAUCACCAGCAACGGAACCAUUAUAAUGUAAAGGACAACCUACAAACUAAGGAAAAACUGGAGAGGCACGAUACGUACGACAAACAAGAAGAACAAAAACUGGACAAACGGAAAACGUAAUCCACGACGAAAGAAGAACAAAUCAACAA